AUGAUGUCGCUGCGCUCCCUUGCGCUUGGCCGCCGGUCGGCGCUCGCCGCUGCUCGCACCGCUGCACUGUCGACGCAAUCCGCUCCUGGCCCUAUCGUGCUGUCGUACGGCGAUGGAUUCUUGGGCGCCCUGGGUACCGGCAGCUACGAGAAUGUGCUGACCCCCACGCCACUGCCUUCGACAACCGGUCUGCCGGUGAAGGAGAUCUCCGUCGGCUGGGCCCACGCUGGCUUCGUCACCAACGACGGAGACGCCUACAUCUACGGGCGCACGCACUCCUUUCGCGACGUCAUCCGGUCGACCAACAUGCAGCGCGUGCUGCCCAAGCUCGUGUGGUGGAUGAACAACUUCACGCGUGCGCGCGGGGUGGACACGCUGGUGCCGGCGCUGCUGGAGCUGCCGGAGGGUGAGAAGGUGAAGAAGAUCGUGUGCUCCACGGCGUUGACGUUCCUGCUGACUGAGAGCGGCAAGCUCUUUACGUUGGGCGCCAACGGCUACGGCCAGUGCGGUGUGGGCGAGGAGAGUGUCAGUGUCCAGCCGCCUACUCACGUGGACAUCGAUGGUGAUGAGAUUGUGGACAUUGCUGCAGGCUACCAGCACGGACUUGCAGUGACGAAGAAUGGCACUGUGUUCACGUGGGGCAAGGGCGAGCGCGGACAGCUUGGCUUUGGCACUGGCAAUGCCGAUGCGCCGCAGGAGCUCAUUGCGCUGAAGGGCAAGAAGAUCGCCCAUGUUGGAGCUGGGUUCAACCACUCUUGCGCUGUUUCAGAGGACGGCGAGCUGUACCUGUGGGGCAAGUUGCUGAACCCGAAGGGAAAAAUGGAAAGUAACGGCGAUCAGAUCACCCCGCGACUUGUACGCACUAGCGAUGCCGUGAAGCUCUUCAAGUGCAGCCAGUUCCACACGACCUUCAUUACUGCUGACGACGAGAUCUGGCUGGCGGGUCGCACGCCUUCGGGCCGUCAAGAGAAGAACGAUUUUGCUCAUGUCGGAUCUCAGAUGCACACAGCCCCGCUGCAGAUCACAAACGACCAAGUGGUACGCGCAAAGGACAUCGUGAAGAUCGGCAAGGGUGUGGACAAGUCCUCUUUCGUCACUGCUGACGGCCGAGCGUACGAAUGGAAUUUUGAGUCUGGAAUCCACGCGGUGAAGGAGCUCGACGACCUGAAGGUGGCGUCCUUAGAGAGCGGCUUCCACUACCGUCUCCUGCUAGCUCAGCCUAAAAAUUAG